AUGCUUUUAAAAGAAAUAAACUCAGACAAAAUCACCUUGGAAAAUUAUAUAAAUUUAGAGUAUCUUGACAUUAGCAAUACCACAAUUUCUGAUUUAUCAAACCUUUUACCACCAAAUAAUAAAAUAAAAACUUUAAUAUUAAGUAAUAGAUAUAAAGUAUUAGAAUUAAAAAACUUUCAAAAUUUAGAAAAUUUAUCAAUAACCGGUUCCGAAACAACUUUAGAAGCAAACAUUACUUAUGAAAAUAAUAACGAUAGUUAUUACAGUAAUAAUAGCAACAAUAGUAAUAAUAGCAAUAAUGUGAUUAAAAAAUACGAUUGUUAUAGUUUAAAAACGAUAAGAGUAUCAAAAGAGAUUCAAUUGUUUUUAGAUAAUUUAGAUCCCAUUUUUCAUAAAGUUGUAACAAUAUUGCCUUAA